AUGUCCAAAAAUGGACCGGUUACAUCAAUCGGUCAUUCAAAUUCGUAUCGUUUUCGUAUUCUCGAGCCGAUCAAAGUUACGGAUGACUUUCCUGAUUGGGAACAUGAUGAUUGGCAAGGUCUACUCAAUGUCGAACUUGAACCUUAUGGUAGUAAUAUUCGAUUUCCAACCAAAUGGCACUUGGCCGACAAUGUUUCAAUCCAUUGUCGUAUUACAAACAGUGAUCCAGAAAAAGUUCUUUCGCCACCUUCACCUAUCGACAGGCUACAAUCGGAAAUCAAAUUGAAAAUAUGUAUCGAACGAUAUCGAACAAAUGAGAACGGAAUCAAUGGUCGGUCAGAUGCAAAUUGUUCUAAGAAUGAGAAAACGAAACAGAUGAGACGUCACACCAGUGCAGGUUUGUUGCUUGAGAAUUAUUCGACUCAUAAUAAGAUUUGUUUCUAUAUUGAAGAACAAUCAUCGACAUUUAACUCUGAACUAUACGCAAAGAUACAUUUAAUUAAACUUUGUGUAUUAUAUGAAUUGAAAGAUCCACGAGCCGUACAAUUGCGUAGUAUUUUAACUUCAACUGAACCGAAAUGUUUGGAUGCUGCAUUCGAAGAGAUGCAAGCCGAAGGUUUUGCUGAUGAUAAUCUAUUUGAAAGAAUAAAAGAAUUCUUUUUUACACUAACUAUUUCUGAUCAAGACUUGAACUCUCAAUGGUCGUUGAGUGGUCAUAUUCAACAGGCUUGGUCGGCCAGGCAUGAUCGAUUGCGCGAAAAUCUCAAUGAACUUCAAAGCGAUUUUCAAUCCAAAACGAAUACCUAUCAAAAAUGCAUGGAUAAAAUUCAGCAAUACAGAAAAAUAUUGAAGAUGAAAAGACUAAUCACAAAGAUAUACUAG